AGAAUGUUAAAGGCCAAUUUUACUUUGUGACAAAUUGCAGUGUCUUAAGACCAACAUUAGUUACUCAGAUUCUGAUUUUUAUUCUCUAUAUUUCUCCAGAACGACUGUCAAUCUAUUAUAUAUUUGUACAAUCUGGUAUUAAAAUGCUUUCACCAAAAGAUGUUCUGUGAAAAGAUCUGAAGUUGGUCCAUGGUUAUCCCAUGACCUGUGCUUUUGUGAGCAACUGGGAAAAAAUUGAAGAGUUCCAUAGCAGACCAGAUGACAUUGUGAUAGCCACUUAUCCUAAAUCAGGUACUACUUGGGUUAGUGAAAUUAUAGACAUGAUUCUAAAUGAUGGAGAUAUUGAAAAAUGUAAGCGAGGUUUUAUUACUGAAAAAGUUCCAAUGUUGGAAAUGACUCUCCCUGGAUUAAGAACAUCAGGUAUAGAACAAUUGGAGAAGAAUCCAUCACCCCGGAUUGUGAAAACACAUCUACCGACUGAUCUUCUUCCUAAAUCUUUCUGGGAAAACAAUUGCAAGAUGAUUUAUCUGGCUCGUAAUGCCAAGGAUGUUUCAGUCUCAUAUUACCAUUUUGACUUAAUGAAUAAUUUACAACCUUUUCCUGGUACCUGGGAAGAAUAUCUGGAGAAAUUCUUAACUGGAAAAGUGGCCUAUGGUUCCUGGUUUACUCAUGUUAAAAACUGGUGGAAGAAAAAGGAAGAACACCCAAUACUUUUUUUGUACUAUGAAGAUAUGAAAGAGAAUCCAAAGGAGGAAAUCAAGAAGAUCAUUAGAUUUCUAGAGAAGAACCUGAAUGAUGAGAUCUUGGAUAGGAUCAUCCAUCACACCUCAUUUGAAGUGAUGAAGGACAAUCCUUUGGUAAAUUAUACACAUCUACCAACUACAGUGAUGGAUCAUAGCAAAUCCCCUUUUAUGCGUAAAGAGUCUCACUCUCUCGCCCAGGCUGGAGUGCGGUGGUGCGAUCUCGGCUCACUGCAACCUCUGCCUCCGAUGUUCAAGCAAUUCUUGUACCUCAGCCUCCCAAGUAGUUGGGAUUACAGGUGUGUGCUACUACACCCUGCCUACUAUCGACUUAUAAAUGGGCAAUUACAAUGAAAUAAAGAGUAAAAGGCAAGUUCAAUAUUGGAAAUUCUCCCGAUUAAAAUUGGACCAUUUAAUAUGAAUUCAUCUAUGUAUAGGAGUAUUUCAGAAGACUACAGUGUAACAAUGGAGAAUGAAACAGUGCUAUUGAGGUAGUGAAUCAUUCUAGGUCUGUUUUCAUGUAUCCCUGAGCUCUGUAAGGUUACUCUUUAAGAGAUAGAAUCCUAAAGGCUGAAUACACAGGGCUUUUAAAACUUU